UGAGCAGCAGACCAUGUCCACCUCCUCAUCUUCAACCGCCAUGUGCAAACCCCCAGAGUCAAAUGAGGACAGCAGCUCAACUAAGACUACCAUCACCACUGUAGUCAAGGAGACAGUUGAAAAUCAAACCUUCCAUGGAAUCAGAAAGGACGUCACUGCUGCAGAGUUACGUGAAUCAAAAAUCAUCAAUGAGGACCUCUUCAAAAGUCUUACUACUGGGAGUGUCACAGUGACGGAGGUUAGUGAGAUGGAUUCAGUGCGUAAGUACCUUGAGGGGACCAACAGCAUUGCAGGAGUGUACCUGCAGUCUACCAAAGAGACCCUUAGUAUCUAUGAGGCCAAAGGCAAAAGUCUGCUAACUCCUGGUACAUCUCUGAUCCUGCUAGAGGCCCAAGCUGCCACUGGCUUCGUCAUAGACCCAGUCAACAACAAGAAACUUUCUGUAGAGGAAGCAGUAGCUCAAAAGGUGGUCGGCGGUGAGUGGAAAAACAAACUGCUUUCAGCUGAAAGGGCAGUUACAGGAUACAUAGAUCACUACACUGGGAGGAACCAUUUUCCUUGUUCCAGGCCUUGAAGAAGGAUCUAAUUGUCAAAGAUCAUGGAAUUCGUCUCCUUGAGGCACAAAUUGCCACCGGAGGCAUAAUUGACCCAGUCCACAGUCACAGAGUGCCUGUACAGGUGGCAUACCAAAGAGGUUACUUUGAUGAAGAGAUGAACCAGAUUCUGUCUGACCCUGAUGACGACACAAAGAGCUUCUUUGAUCCCAACACAAAAGAGAAUCUCACCUAUCUUCAGCUGAUUGAAAGGUGUAUCAUAGAUCCCGUCACAGGCCUCAGCUUACUGGUGAUUGCAAAGAAAGGGGAGUUGUACUUCUUUGUUGAUGAGGCAACAAAACUCAUUCUGAAAUCCACCACAACAACCAAAGCAGGAGGGAAAUAUCGAGGAGCAACAGUGUCUCUGUGGAAUCUGCUCUACUCCAAGUACAUCACUGAGGAGAAGAGGAGAGAGCUUGUCCAGCAAUAUAAGUCUGGAUCAAUCACAGUCGACCGCUUCAUGGAAAUCAUCCUGACAAUCAUUGAGCAGCAGACCAUGUCCACCUCCUCAUCUUCAACCGCCAUGUGCAAACCCCCAGAGUCAAAUGAGGACAGCAGCUCAACUAAGACUACCAUCACCACUGUAGUCAAGGAGACAGUUGAAAAUCAAACCUUCCAUGGAAUCAGAAAGGACGUCACUGCUGCAGAGUUACGUGAAUCAAAAAUCAUCAAUGAGGACCUCUUCAAAAGUCUUACUACUGGGAGUGUCACAGUGACGGAGGUUAGUGAGAUGGAUUCAGUGCGUAAGUACCUUGAGGGGACCAACAGCAUUGCAGGAGUGUACCUGCAGUCUACCAAAGAGACCCUUAGUAUCUAUGAGGCCAAAGGCAAAAGUCUGCUAACUCCUGGUACAUCUCUUGUGCUGCUAGAGGCCCAGGCUGCCACUGGCUUCGUCAUAGACCCAGUCAACAACAAGAAACUUUCUGUAGAGGAAGCAGUAGCUCAAAAGGUGGUCGGCGGUGAGUGGAAAAACAAACUGCUUUCAGCUGAAAGGGCAGUUACAGGAUACAUAGAUCCCUACACUGGAGGAACCAUUUCCUUGUUCCAGGCCUUGAAGAAGGAUCUCAUCGUCAAAGAUCAUGGAAUUCGUCUCCUUGAGGCACAAAUUGCCACCGGAGGCAUAAUUGACCCAGUCCACAGUCACAGAGUGCCUGUACAGGUGGCAUACCAAAGAGGUUACUUUGAUGAAGAGAUGAACCAGAUUCUGUCUGACCCUGAUGACGACACAAAGGGCUUCUUUGAUCCCAACACAAAAGAGAAUCUCACCUAUCUUCAGCUGAUUGAAAGGUGUAUCACAGAUCCUGUCACAGGCCUCAGCUUACUGGUGAUUGCAAAGAAAGGGGAGAUGUACUUCUUUGUUGAUGAGGCAACAAAACUCAUUCUGAAAUCCACCACAACAACCAAAGCAGGAGGGAAAUAUCGAGGAGCAACAGUGUCUCUGUGGAAUCUGCUCUACUCCAAGUACAUCACUGAGGAGAAGAGGAGAGAGCUUGUCCAGCAAUAUAAGUCUGGAUCAAUCACAGUCGAUCGCUUCAUGGAAAUCAUCCUGACAAUCAUUGAGCAGCAGACCAUGUCCACCUCCUCAUCUUCAACCGUCAUGUGCAAACCCCCAGAGUCAAAUGAAAACAGCAGCUCAACUAAGACUACCAUCACCACUGUAGUCAAGGAGACAGUUGAAAAUCAAACCUUCCAUGGAAUCAGAAAGGACGUCACUGCUGCAGAGUUACGUGAAUCAAAAAUCAUCAAUGAGGACCUCUUCAAAAGUCUUACUACUGGGAGUGUCACAGUGACGGAGGUUAGUGAGAUGGAUUCAGUGCGUAAGUACCUUGAGGGGACCAACAGCAUUGCAGGAGUGUACCUGCAGUCUACCAAAGAGACCCUUAGUAUCUAUGAGGCCAAAGGCAAAAGUCUGCUAACUCCUGGUACAUCUCUGAUCCUGCUAGAGGCCCAAGCUGCCACUGGCUUCGUCAUAGACCCAGUCAACAACAAGAAACUUUCUGUAGAGGAAGCAGUAGCUCAAAAGGUGGUCGGCGGUGAGUGGAAAAACAAACUGCUUUCAGCUGAAAGGGCAGUUACAGGAUACAUAGAUCCCUACACUGGAGGAACCAUUUCCUUGUUCCAGGCCUUGAAGAAGGAUCUCAUCGUCAAAGAUCAUGGAAUUCGUCUCCUUGAGGCACAAAUUGCCACCGGAGGCAUAAUUGACCCAGUCUACAGUCACAGAGUGCCUGUACAGGUGGCAUACCAAAGAGGUUACUUUGAUGAAGAGAUGAACCAGAUUCUGUCUGACCCUGAUGACGACACAAAGGGCUUCUUUGAUCCCAACACAAAAGAGAAUCUCACCUAUCUUCAGCUGAUUGAAAGGUGUAUCACAGAUCCUGUCACAGGCCUCAGCUUACUGGUGAUCGCAAAGAAAGGCGAGUUGUACUUCUUUGUUGAUGAGGCAACAAAACUCAUUCUGAAAUCCACCACAACAACCAAAGCAGGAGGGAAAUAUCGAGGAGCAACAGUGUCUCUGUGGAAUCUGCUCUACUCCAAGUACAUCACUGAGGAGAAGAGGAGAGAGCUUGUCCAGCAAUAUAAGUCUGGAUCAAUCACAGUCGAUCGCUUCAUGGAAAUCAUCCUGACAAUCAUUGAGCAGCAGACCAUGUCCACCUCCUCAUCUUCAACCGUCAUGUGCAAACCCCCAGAGUCAAAUGAAAACAGCAGCUCAACUAAGACUACCAUCACCACUGUAGUCAAGGAGACAGUUGAAAAUCAAACCUUCCAUGGAAUCAGAAAGGACGUCACUGCUGCAGAGUUACGUGAAUCAAAAAUCAUCAAUGAGGACCUCUUCAAAAGUCUUACUACUGGGAGUGUCACAGUGACGGAGGUUAGUGAGAUGGAUUCAGUGCGUAAGUACCUUGAGGGGACCAACAGCAUUGCAGGAGUGUACCUGCAGUCUACCAAAGAGACCCUUAGUAUCUAUGAGGCCAAAGGCAAAAGUCUGCUAACUCCUGGUACAUCUCUGAUCCUGCUAGAGGCCCAAGCUGCCACUGGCUUCGUCAUAGACCCAGUCAACAACAAGAAACUUUCUGUAGAGGAAGCAGUAGCUCAAAAGGUGGUCGGCGGUGAGUGGAAAAACAAACUGCUUUCAGCUGAAAGGGCAGUUACAGGAUACAUAGAUCCCUACACUGGAGGAACCAUUUCCUUGUUCCAGGCCUUGAAGAAGGAUCUCAUCGUCAAAGAUCAUGGAAUUCGUCUCCUUGAGGCACAAAUUGCCACCGGAGGCAUAAUUGACCCAGUCUACAGUCACAGAGUGCCUGUACAGGUGGCAUACCAAAGAGGUUACUUUGAUGAAGAGAUGAACCAGAUUCUGUCUGACCCUGAUGACGACACAAAGGGCUUCUUUGAUCCCAACACAAAAGAGAAUCUCACCUAUCUUCAGCUGAUUGAAAGGUGUAUCACAGAUCCUGUCACAGGCCUCAGCUUACUGGUGAUCGCAAAGAAAGGCGAGUUGUACUUCUUUGUUGAUGAGGCAACAAAACUCAUUCUGAAAUCCACCACAACAACCAAAGCAGGAGGGAAAUAUCGAGGAGCAACAGUGUCUCUGUGGAAUCUGCUCUACUCCAAGUACAUCACUGAGGAGAAGAGGAGAGAGCUUGUCCAGCAAUAUAAGUCUGGAUCAAUCACAGUCGAUCGCUUCAUGGAAAUCAUCCUGACAAUCAUUGAGCAGCAGACCAUGUCCACCUCCUCAUCUUCAACCGUCAUGUGCAAACCCCCAGAGUCAAAUGAAAACAGCAGCUCAACUAAGACUACCAUCACCACUGUAGUCAAGGAGACAGUUGAAAAUCAAACCUUCCAUGGAAUCAGAAAGGACGUCACUGCUGCAGAGUUACGUGAAUCAAAAAUCAUCAAUGAGGACCUCUUCAAAAGUCUUACUACUGGGAGUGUCACAGUGACGGAGGUUAGUGAGAUGGAUUCAGUGCGUAAGUACCUUGAGGGGACCAACAGCAUUGCAGGAGUGUACCUGCAGUCUACCAAAGAGACCCUUAGUAUCUAUGAGGCCAAAGGCAAAAGUCUGCUAACUCCUGGUACAUCUCUGAUCCUGCUAGAGGCCCAAGCUGCCACUGGCUUCGUCAUAGACCCAGUCAACAACAAGAAACUUUCUGUAGAGGAAGCAGUAGCUCAAAAGGUGGUCGGCGGUGAGUGGAAAAACAAACUGCUUUCAGCUGAAAGGGCAGUUACAGGAUACAUAGAUCCCUACACUGGAGGAACCAUUUCCUUGUUCCAGGCCUUGAAGAAGGAUCUCAUCGUCAAAGAUCAUGGAAUUCGUCUCCUUGAGGCACAAAUUGCCACCGGAGGCAUAAUUGACCCAGUCCACAGUCACAGAGUGCCUGUACAGGUGGCAUACCAAAGAGGUUACUUUGAUGAAGAGAUGAACCAGAUUCUGUCUGACCCUGAUGACGACACAAAGGGCUUCUUUGAUCCCAACACAAAAGAGAAUCUCACCUAUCUUCAGCUGAUUGAAAGGUGUAUCACAGAUCCCGUCACAGGCCUCAGCUUACUGGUGAUUGCAAAGAAAGGGGAGAUGUACUUCUUUGUUGAUGAGGCAACAAAACUCAUUCUGAAAUCCACCACAACAACCAAAGCAGGAGGGAAAUAUCGAGGAGCAACAGUGUCUCUGUGGAAUCUGCUCUACUCCAAGUACAUCACUGAGGAGAAGAGGAGAGAGCUUGUCCAGCAAUAUAAGUCUGGAUCAAUCACAGUCGAUCGCUUCAUGGAAAUCAUCCUGACAAUCAUUGAGCAGCAGACCAUGUCCACCUCCUCAUCUUCAACCGUCAUGUGCAAACCCCCAGAGUCAAAUGAAAACAGCAGCUCAACUAAGACUACCAUCACCACUGUAGUCAAGGAGACAGUUGAAAAUCAAACCUUCCAUGGAAUCAGAAAGGACGUCACUGCUGCAGAGUUACGUGAAUCAAAAAUCAUCAAUGAGGACCUCUUCAAAAGUCUUACUACUGGGAGUGUCACAGUGACGGAGGUUAGUGAGAUGGAUUCAGUGCGUAAGUACCUUGAGGGGACCAACAGCAUUGCAGGAGUGUACCUGCAGUCUACCAAAGAGACCCUUAGUAUCUAUGAGGCCAAAGGCAAAAGUCUGCUAACUCCUGGUACAUCUCUGAUCCUGCUAGAGGCCCAAGCUGCCACUGGCUUCGUCAUAGACCCAGUCAACAACAAGAAACUUUCUGUAGAGGAAGCAGUAGCUCAAAAGGUGGUCGGCGGUGAGUGGAAAAACAAACUGCUUUCAGCUGAAAGGGCAGUUACAGGAUACAUAGAUCCCUACACUGGAGGAACCAUUUCCUUGUUCCAGGCCUUGAAGAAGGAUCUCAUCGUCAAAGAUCAUGGAAUUCGUCUCCUUGAGGCACAAAUUGCCACCGGAGGCAUAAUUGACCCAGUCCACAGUCACAGAGUGCCUGUACAGGUGGCAUACCAAAGAGGUUACUUUGAUGAAGAGAUGAACCAGAUUCUGUCUGACCCUGAUGACGAUACAAAGGGCUUUUUUGAUCCCAACACAAAAGAGAAUCUCACCUAUCUUCAGCUGAUUGAAAGGUGUAUCACAGAUCCCGUCACAGGCCUCAGCUUACUGGUGAUUGCAAAGAAAGGCGAGUUGUACUUCUUUGUUGAUGAGGCAACAAAACUCAUUCUGAAAUCCACCACAACAACCAAAGCAGGAGGGAAAUAUCGAGGAGCAACAGUGUCUCUGUGGAAUCUUCUCUACUCCAAGUACAUCACUGAGGAGAAGAGGAGAGAGCUUGUCCAGCAAUAUAAGUCUGGAUCAAUCACAGUCGAUCGCUUCAUGGAAAUCAUCCUGACAAUCAUUGAGCAGCAGACCAUGUCCACCUCUUCAUCUUCAACCGUCAUGUGCAAACCUUCCUUUACACAAGUGAAGUGAAGCUUUAUACAAAUAUUCCUCUUGUUUCUUACCGGCUUCAUCAGUUUUCUCGAGUGGGAUUUUUGUGGGAUUGUUUUUUCUUAAUUACAAAAUAGUUUUACUGUGUUUUCACAGAUGCAUUCCCAGUUUUUAAUUAGGGAAUCAACCAUUUUACAUUUUGAAUACUCAUUGUACCUAUAAUAUUGUGUCGUGUAAUUUGUUGCAACAAUGCAUUCUUUUCUCAGAUGUACGUAGAUAUGAUUUAGCUGAGCAUACUUUUACCUGGCCUAUAGAUCUUAUAAUAUUCAGGCAACAGCUUUUCUCACUGAAAUAUUUUGUUUGUUGAGUAGAUUCUGUGUUGACCUUACCUGGAAGAAAAUAUGUAUUUUUGGAAAACCUAUCUUGCUUCAACUGUCAAUUUUGUGGCCCAAUAAACAAGUGAGAUAAGA